AUGUCGGAUUCUGUAGAUCGCGUCUUCGUCCAUGCCCUGAAUACCGUAAAGAGGAUCCCCCGGACGGGGACUGCGCGCCCGCCGGCCGCGGAGCGAUUGAAGCUAUAUGGGUUGUAUAAACAGAGCAUGGAGGGGGAUGUCGAGGGUGUGAUGGAUCGUCCGGUUGGGAAUACCCCGGAGGUGCACGCCGAGUGCGAGAAGUGGGAUGCCUGGUACGCUCAGCGCAGCCUCUCGCGUACCGAAGCCAAACGCCGCUACAUCGGCACCUUAAUCGACACGAUGCAUUGCUACGCUUCGCAAACCCCCGAAGCCCGCGAGCUCGUCUCCGAACUCGAGUUCGUCUGGGACCAGAUUAAAUAUAACGCCUCCUCAUCCUCAUCCUCUUCCCCCUCAACACCGUCGGCCGGACGCCUUGCCAAAUCAUCAGCGCACUAUGAAAGACCAGACACGCGCGUCGACGGGGCCCACAACUCGCGCCUCCGCGUUCUCAGCCCUGUUAGCCAGCCCGAGGGGGAAUAUACCGGGCGGCGGCGGCGCUCAUUAAAUGGCCUCGAAGAAGACGAUAUCGAAGACGAUAUCGAAGACGAGGACGAGGACGAGGAAGAGGACGAGGAAGAGGACGAAGAAUAUGAAGAAGCCCGCGACAGCCUCUACGAGCCGCCCGAGCACGACAAUGCCAGCGCAAACACCGACACUCACACGCACACCGGCACGGGCUCGCAUGGCGACGACCGCCACAAAUCCGCCUCCGGCGCCAGCGACGGCACGAGCCUAGCCGGUCGUCCGGACUCGCAGAACGCUUCCACUCCCAAGAACAGCCGCUGGCGCCGCCGCGUUGAGCAAGCGCUUACCAAGAUGACGGCCGAGAUCGCCGCGGUGCGCGAGCAGAUGGAGGCGCGCACGCUAGCACACCGCCGUCGUUUAGGCGUAUGGGCUUGGCUGAAGUGGAUGCUGUGGGUGGUCGUGCGCCAGAUCAUCUGGGACGUUGCCCUGCUGGGCGCGCUGCUGAUCUGGAUGCGGAUGCGCGGGGACCGCCGGCUGGAGGAGCGGUUGCGUGAGGGCUGGUCUGGCGUUAAGGCUCGGCUGGGCCGGGUCAAGCUUUUGAGGCGUAUGCCUAUGCCUCCGUAG